AUGUCUAGAAAAGGGAAGAGUGGGAAGGCCUUUAAGAAAGGAAGCGCUAAGUGUCACCGUAAGAUACUCCGCGACAACAUCCAGGGUAUCGCUAAGACAGUUAUCCGCCGUCUGGUUCGUCGUCGCGGUGAAAAGCGCAUAACCGGUCUGAUCUACGAGGAGACGCGUGGCGUGCUGAAAGUGUUUCUGGAGAACGUCAUCAGGGAUGCGGUUACCUACACCGAGUACGCUAAGAGAAAGACUGUCACCGCCAUGGAUGUGGUUCAUGCUCUUAUAUUCCAGGGACGUGCUUUGUACGGCUUCGGAGGGUAA